GUAGAGCUCGUGGAUCGGUGUGUUGGAUCCAAGCUGUGGGUCAUUAUGAAAGGCGAUAAAGAGUUUACUGGUACACUAUUGGGAUUUGACGAUUUUGUCAACAUGGUGUUGGAAGAUGUAACAGAAUAUGAAAUGACUUCCACUGGAAUCAGAACGGAACACUUUGAUCAACUUCUUCUCAACGGCAACAAUAUCUGCAUGGUAAUGUGA